CAGUGUAUAAAUUGUGUAACUGCAGUACAUUAUGUUGUCUGAGCUUUUUUCACAGACAAUGGAUAUUUAGUUACAGAAAAAAUUACAUUUACAUGAUUUUGACAUUUCACAGGAACAUCAUUUCAUUGAGUCAGUUCUCAUUUACCCAGUUGCAUUUGAUCUAUGUUGUUGAUGAAUGUUUUUUUUCUGUAGAAAGUUCUGGUUUCUAAUGAUAGGCAUUAGUUUGGUUAUGUGUGUUAGAAUAUUACAGAUGCUGGCUUUGUCCAUUCAUCAGUCUCUGAGAGCAUCUGCAUUUCUUUUGAACCCCUUGAGGUAUUUGCAUUUUCAAAGUAUGACUAUAGCAGUGUCUGAAGCUGAAAGGAACAUUAUUUAACCAUUAAAUGGGAGAAUACCCACUAACUCUAAAUAAUGAGUGAACUUAAUUUCAGUGACAUUGACUUAAAAUGUUUAUCAUUUUAGAAUGUUAAUAGUUUCUUGUCGUGGUUUGUGAUUCACAUAAUCAGUUUAGAAGGCUAGGAUGAGGUGUGUUACAGAUGUUUCUGUUUAGGAAAAAUAACUAAGUAAAUUCUAAUUUUUGUCUCAGAUUGCAGAGGUUGGCUAGUUCACCUCCCUCCCAUAGAAAAUAUUUUGUCUGCCAGGCUAAGUUCACCUUUCAGAAGAGAAUUUACAGAAACCACAGUCUUUGCAUUUGGUUUCUUGUAGUAACAAUUAUGCUACAGAAGCAACAUUUGAAACUAAGGUAUCUUUACAUGGCAGCCUUUCCGCUUGCACAGACUGGAGUCUGGGCCUUCAAACAUUGUGAGCAUUACACGUGAUGAUGCAUUGGAUUUCUACAACAAAAUGCAUAUGAUCAGGAGACUGGAGACUGCUGCUGGUAAUUUAUAUAAAGACAAGUUCGUCCGAGGUUUCUGCCACCUGUACUCUGGCCAGGAGGCAUGUGCUGUUGGAAUGCGAGCAGCCAUGCGGCCUCAGGACUCUAUAAUCUCAGCUUAUCGCGUGCAUGGUUGGACAUACCUAAUGGGUGUGCAUCCCUUGGGUGUAUUGGCAGAACUCACGGGCCGUCAGUCUGGCUGUGCUCGUGGUAAAGGUGGAUCCAUGCACAUGUACACAAAGAACUUUUAUGGUGGAAAUGGUAUUGUAGGAGCUCAGGUUCCAUUGGGAGUGGGUGUUGCAUUUGCAGCCAAAUACUCUGGAACUGAUGGCAUCUGCUUGGCACUUUAUGGUGAUGGUGCUGCCAACCAGGGUCAGAUAUUUGAAGUAUACAACAUAGCAAAGCUGUGGGACAUCCCUUGUAUCUUUGUUUGUGAAAAUAAUGGCUAUGGAAUGGGCACUAGUGCAGAAAGAGGAUCAGCUAGCACUGCAUUCUACACAAGAGGGGACUAUGUUCCUGGUAUCUGGGUAGAUGGAAUGGAUGUAUUGGCUGUUCGAGAGGCCACACAGUUUGCAGUCAGUCAUUGCAUUAGUGGUAAAGGUCCCUUAGUUAUGGAGACAAUGACCUACCGUUACAGUGGCCAUUCCAUGUCUGAUCCUGGCACGAGCUACAGGACCAGGGAAGAAGUUCAGGAAGUCAGGCAAACUAGGGACCCUAUCACAUUGUUCAAGGAGAAGAUUAUUACAGCUGAACUGGUGACUGUUGAUGAACUGAAGAAAUUGGAAAAUGAAAUUCGAGUAACAGUAGAUGAGGCUGUGAAGAAGGCAAGGGCAGAUAAUGAGAUUGGUUUGGAUGAACUCACUUGCGAUAUUUACUCUGCCCCCUUGGAACCAACUGUCAGAGGCAUCACACCAUGGAACAACUUGGAACAUAAAAGGCUUGGACCAGCUGUGAAUCUUCAUUAGAUUGAGUUUGAACAUUAGGUACUGUGGUGCCUGGAACAGGUCAACUACAAAACCACAGCAAUGAUAUGCCUUCUAGUAUAACAGUGUACAUAAUCUGGUAAAACUAUACUCUUUUGUGUUUCUUAAAAAUUUACACUUUAUUUAUUCUGAAUGUUUUGAAAUGAAAGGUAAGUUGUUAAAGUUCACAUUGAAAUCUUUCAAUUACUAGUGCUCAGUGCACCAUUGUCUUGUACAUAAAAUAAUACAUAAUCUUGUAAUUUCACAGAUGGAUCAAUUGGCCACACUGUAUAUCUCACAAUAAAGUGUUGUAUAGGUGGAAAAUGAUAUUGAAUAAUAAUAGUUAACAAUGGUUAUGCUCCAAGACAAAACUGUAAGGAACUACUAUUUAUUCAUCUUGUGAAAUAUUUUCUGGGAGCCUGCAAAGUGAUUGAGUGUUUAUCUUGAAUUGUACUUGUUUCGUGUGUUUAUAUUUUGUACACACAUUCAUCACACAUAUGAUGCUACCUUUGUGCUCAUCAACUCAUUCUUUCCAGUCCAUUGUCUUUAAUUACCCUGCUUUGUGAUUCAAGUCUUCAUUUCAUUUUAGUUUUUCAGUCAUGGACUUUAUUUGAGUAGAGUAGAAUAAAAUCAGAGGGAAUGGGUAUCCAACCCCUUUGCACUGUGACCAAUAAAAGUGUAAUCUUCACCUCCACAUUUAUUUCAUCAGCAUCCUUGCAUGCUGAAUAAAUUACAUUAAUUUUC